UGAUGUGUGAUCUAUGAAUGGAGGGUUAGCAUAGGAUGUAAUGAUGUAGAAAGAGAGAAUAUGGCGCUGAAGAAUAUAAGCUUCGGGAGAUAGAUAUAGGAGAGACUCGUGUGCUUUUUUUCAUUUUUAGAGAGAGAGAGAGAGAGAGAGAGAGAGAGAUGAGGACAGAGACGAUUAUAGGCUUGAAGGACGAUGAUGUUCAAGCUGAUUUAUUAGUAAACGACGACUCUGAUCAGAACUACUCCAAGUUUUCAUCUCUCUUGGCGUCCAAAGAUCGUGAUUAUCUUCUUUCUCCAAAGGGAAAUCAGGUGAAAAUUUCUGAUCUUAAUGGGAAGGUAGUAGGCCUAUACUUCUCAGCCAACUGGUACCCACCGUGCCGGAACUUCAACCAAGUGCUAGUAGAAAUCUACGAGCAGCUGAAGCAAAGUGGUUCGAAUUUUGAGAUUGUGUACGUAUCAUCCGAUGAAGACAUUGCAGCCUUCAACACCUACUACCACGCGUGCAUGCCGUGGCUGGCCAUUCCAUUUUCAGAUUUGGAGACAAAGAAAGCCUUGAACAGAAAGUUCGAUAUAGAAGGUAUUCCUUGCUUAGUUGUUUUACAACCUAAUGAUAAUAAGGACGAGGCAACGUUGUUUGACGGGGUUGAACUCGUUUAUCGCUACGGGGUCCAAGUCUUCCCUUUUACUAAAGAAAGGUUGGAGGAAUUGCAAAGGGAAGACAGAGAGAGGCAUGAGAACCAGAACUUAACCAAUUUAUUAACGAGCCAACAUAGAGACUAUCUUUUGGGUCACCCCAGGCCUAAACAGGUGCAUGUUGCUUCCUUAGUUGGCAAAACAAUUGGGCUCUUCUUCUCGGCCGAAUGGGGCAUCCCAUGCGUCAAGUUCAUUACCAAGUUGAUGUCGAACUACCACAAGAUUAAGCAAAUGAUAGCAGACAAACAAGGUAAUAAUGGCCACGAUGAUGAGGACUUUGAGAUAGUGUUUGUAUCAAGCGACCACGACCAAACAUCCUUCGACUUCUACUUCGGUUCCAUGCCGUGGCUGGCAUUGCCCUUUGGAGAUCCAAACAUCAAAAACCUCGUCAAGCAUUUUGACGUCAAGGGCAUUCCCUCUUUGGUAAUUUUAGGCCCCGAUGGCAAGACCAUUACAAGAAAUGGCCGAAACCUCAUAAACUUGUACCAAGAAAAUGCCUACCCUUUCACCGAGGCAAGGAUCGAUAUGUUGGAGAAGCAAUUGGAGGAAGAAGCAAAGAGCCUUCCGCGGUCCGUGUACCAUUCUGGUCAUCGCCACGAACUCAAUUUAGUAUCGGACGGCAAUGGGGGCGGACCUUUUAUAUGUUGUGACUGUGAUGAACAAGGGUCCGCUUGGGCUUACCUUUGUCUUGAGUGUGGCUAUGAGGUGCACCCAAAAUGUGUGAAAGCCUAGAAAGAUUGGUAAUUUGAGGGAUUUGCUUAUGAGAAAAUUGGUGCUAAUUGUGUUGCCAUAGAAAAGGUGAUAAUCAGGAAGCUCCAUGUGUCGAAUCCUUUCUUUUAAGCUCUCGCCCUUGGUUCAUUUUUCUUUGUAAGUUGAAACAAAAAUACAAUAAAGUUGUUUAAAAAAGUCUUAGGAAAUUGAAUUGUCGUAUUACUAUAUAUGUUUCAGCCUCCUCUCCUUAACCAGGAGAGAGAGAGUAGGUCCAAUUCGGGUGUUGGAUACAAAACUCGAAUAUUUGCAAGUGAGGUGGUGGAUCCACAAAAUAUCAUUGUAACUUUGCUCUCUAUUUUUUUUUUUUUUUUUUUUUUUUGGCGUCUAUCAAAAAGCACACAGUUCUGGACCGUGCUUCAUGCUUGGUUUUCUGUCUUCUCACAUAUGGAAAUGCAGAGUUAGUAGAGAACAACCAGGUGAUAACUAGCAUUACUUGGGAGGAAAAGGAAAAGGAGAGCUUUGAGAACUGAGUGGCUUGAAACUGUGUUUCUUAUUUCGCUUUUGCCAAUGAUGCAAUACGAACUUUGGCUUCUCUAUUUUUUCUUGUAAUAUUUAAAAUGAAUGGUAAAAAAAGGUUUGAAUGUUGUUGGAGAUUUUAUUUGUUUUGUUAAUUCUGUAAUAAUUAAUCUGGUUAUCGUUUCAUAAGCAAUAAUUUUUUUGGAACUAAUUUGA